UUGCCUUAGGUAAGUGUGUGUGUCCUACCUGUCUUACUCCUCCUGGUUCCUUCCUCUCCUCCAGCAGCUUCAGGGGCCGUGGGAUCAGCAGGAGCGGGGAGUUCUGUCAGAAAUCUAAGGAAGACAAGUUGCCUAUCUGAUGCCCAGAACUGCAGAUAUUUCCCACUGGUCCUGACACCUCAGAGACCACAAGAUGGCACAUAAUGACUUUACUGCAGCCUCGUUCAGAGCUCCUGUUGCUGUUUAUUGUGGCAGCGUACCCAAAAUGAAAGCGGGCUAUGGAUCUAUGAGGAAUGGGAGUGUCGAUCCAAACCUUUGUGGGAACAGAUGGACAGCAGCUGACACAGCUGCGAUUCAAUCUACUCUAAGCUUCCAGAUGAAGAGGUCCUAUCUGUGGGGCAGAGAAGGGGAUGAAUUCCAUACUCAGAUGUCUCUUCCCCUGGAGAUACAAGGGAGAAAUGAUCCCCUAGUAGGGGAAAGGAAAAAGCAAUGGGAGCAGGAAGUGGACAGUGCGGCGCUGGAAACUGCCCGGCUCAAAGACAAACUGAAAAGGAAGAUAUCUGAGGGUUGUGGGACCAAAGGAGCCCCGAAUGAUGGCUCCAAUUCAGCUGGGCCCUCGCUCAAACCUGCAGUUCCCAGAAGCGCCUCCCAGAGGCUGCUGAAUGCAACGCCGCCAGUGCCCCCAAUACAGCGGAGCCCACAGAGGAGUCCUACGCCGCAAACUGCAGGAUUAACAGAGUCUGGCACUCACACCUCUAACCCCAUCACCGAUGCCUUCAUUUUCCCAGAAGGUCCAGACGGACAAUCUCCAGCAUCAGUGGAGUUGCACAACUCCCUGCACCACCUACGCUACAGUACAGAUAAGAAGUGGACAGCACUCGGUGGAAUUGUGAUCCCCCCAAUCUCCAAAUCCCUGGGAACAGCUGUUGAGGUUAAAAACUAUGAGCCGACAGCGGAUCCCUCCUCUUGGUCUCCCCGAGAGAUUCCGGAUCCGAGACAGAACCAAGUGCAGGAAAGUUCCCACUCGGGCAGCGCCCCUGAAGAAAAGCCAAGUAAACCCCUGGAGAGUCGAAAUCUAGAUCCUGCACCCCCCCAAGAUCAGCAGGGUGGCCUGGCCGCAAAGGAUUCUGGGACAUCUAUGGAAUCACAGCCAAUUUCCUUCAGCUUGGGGAGAGAUGGGACACAGUUUGCCCAUUCGGGCGAAGAGGGGAAAGAGAACACAGGAAGGAUAAAUUUCACCAUAUCUAAGUCAGCGCAGGACAAGAUGAGGCUGAAGCAGCUGGAAAUGGAGAAUAUUCUGCAGAACAAAAGAAAGAACCAGCAGCAGCUCUGGGAACGACUUCAGUUUGUGGAUGUGGAGCCUGGGGGAAUCUCCCUGGACUACCCUUCAACCUCUGUGUCCGUCAGUCUGAGCGGUGCUGCAACAAUCCCAGCAGCCUCGGAUAAACGCCGGACCACGGGCAGUUACUCCGCAACCAAAUUUGUGAGUCGCACCUCCCUACCCAGCAUCCCCACUGUGACCCAAGACUGCACCAGCAGCGACAUGCGCCACGCGUCAGCCUAUUCCCUGCCCGCCUACAUCCAGGAUGGCUCAGACUGGGAUUCGGACUCUGAGAAUGGAGGGCAAAGCAUUGGUCCUAUGUCUCACCCUGAGCAAGGGAUGAUUGAAGCCCUACGGCAACUGAACAGCAAAGACUGGGAGCAUAAGGAGAAGGGUCUCGGUAGCGUGAGGUGUCUGUCUGCCUGUCACCCUGACGUUCUCUACUCCCGGCUCCAUGAUGUCUCCACAGCAGUCACCAGAGAGGCCAACAACCUACGUUCCAAGGUGUCCCGUCAUGCCAUUCGGACCCUGGGGGACCUCUUUAAGCACCUAAAGAGAGCCAUGGACCCGGAGGUAGAGGAGAUUUCCCGCGUUCUGCUCCACAAAAUUGGCGACACCAAUGAGUUUAUUCGAGAGGAAUCGGACAAAUCCCUCGGUAGUAUGGUGGAGAAUGCGAGUCCGUCCAAGGCUUUGCCUGCGCUGAUUUCCGGAGGCAUCAGCCACCGGAACAGCUCGGUGCGCAAAUGCACGGCUAAAUACCUUCUCAGUGUGAUAGAGCAGUUGGGGGCAGAGAGGCUUCUGUCAGGUACCAGAGAGAGCACCGAUGUAUUGCUGCGCACAGUGGUCAGACUGAACCAAGAUGGGCAGCAGGACACCAGAUUCUAUGGGCGCAGGAUGUUCUGCCUGCUGAUGGGAAACCCGAAAUUUGAGAGCCAGAUGGAGCGGCUAAUUCCUUCUCAUGAUCUGCGGGACCUCAUAGCCACCAUCAAGCAGAAAGAAGCCAAUGAUACCCUUUCACAAGCCCCUUCUGCCAAGUAUCAGAGGCCCCUCCAGAAGAGCAUCAAUGUGUUUCCCCAGGAAAGCCCAACUCCCGAACAGAGUAGGCCAAAAGAAGCAGAACCAGAACCCCAGGAGUCCCCCGUGCCAAGACGGCAGCCUGUUCGGGCCGCAGAGGUCACAGAGCAGCUCAAGCAUCUCAGCAAAUUACUAACUGCCAAGGACUUUCAGAGCAAAAUGGAUGGCGUGGCCCUUGUGCUGGAAUAUUCCAGGAACAACCCGAAAUUUGUCACCGCUAAUAUCACGCAGAUCUUCGACUCCUUUAACCCGCGGUUGCAAGACGCCAAUAAGAAAGUCAAUCAGUUUGCGUUGGAGUCGGCCAGGCUCAUGAUCCCGCUCCUGAAGGAGAGUCUGCACCAUGUUCUGGUUCCCAUGGUAACGGUGGUGACGGACAACCUGAACUCCAAGCAUUCUGGGAUAUACGCGGCGGCCGUGACGGUGGUGGAUACGCUCAUUGCCAACAUAGACAAUUUGUGGUUGUUGCAGCCAUUUGCCAGCAGAAUCCGCUUCAUCAGCGGCCGAGCCAUGAGUGACAUCACAGAGCGCCUGUCCGGGCUUGUCACAUCUGUGUACCCGCGGAAGCCCCAGGCUGUGGAGCGCCAUGUUCUCCCCGUGCUUUGGUAUUUCUUGUGCAACAUCACGGGCAACGGGGUUUUCCCUGGACGCAACGGCAACUUCAAAGAGGUGGUGGGCAAGUUAGCCAGGACCCUGUAUAGAGAAAUGGGACCCAGCCUGGAGGAGUAUGCUUCUGGCCAACCACAACAUGCCACCAAGAUGCUGGCCGACAUGUUAGCAACACGCCAAUAAAACCGACCGUUCCAGUGUGCCUCAUGUGUGGCCCCCAAUCUCUGUAGCUCUAGUUCAGCAACAACCUCCCCACCAAGGGACCAACAGGUUGUGGCCCUACUGGGACACUAACUAUAUCAGCUGACCCAAGUUGGCAGCGGAAGAUGGAAUUUUCCCAAAAACACCCUUUUUCGUUGUACCCUACACACAUAAUGGAGUAACCAAUGAAAAUGUGGCAAUAAGGAACUCCCUAGGGCCACCAUGGAAAUAAGGGAUAAUGGACUCCUCCAUUGCAACAAUUGGUGGGGGGAAUCUGCGUUAUUCUUAUAAUUUAUUUAUAUUAAAUGAACUAAGAGAAGACUUCAACAUCAACUCAUUCAAAGGGGAGAUAAACCUCAUCUAGAAGUAGGUUUAUUUUUGAUAGGAUAGUUUGAGAGCAAAGGUCUACAACCCUCCGUGGCCUAGCCAAGGUAAACAAAAUGGCAGCCCCCGCGCAUAGGUGCCCGCGGAGAGGCAUUCCAUACCCAAAGUGAGCUGUGCCCUCAUACUGUACUUGAGGGAAAUCCUGCUCACCAACAUGGCGUCUUGUCCCUAUAGCAACUAUAUGAACUAAUCUGUACAUUUAAAUCUAUUUAUUAUAUAACAACUAGAGACAAAUGGGAAUCCGACUGCCUUACCCUUUAACCUGCAGAUUAUUCUUUAUGGAUGUGUAUAGAGGCCAAGACCCCUACACUUAUUCAUUCCUUGGCCUGUCCGUAUGUACUCUAAAAACAGGCUCCACCCACUGAUCCAGUCUUUGCUCCUAACCCCCCAUACUGCAUUGUAUGGAGAUGACUGGAAGGCUCUGCUACUCCAGGCAAAAGACUGCUGAGCACUUUAUUAUAGAGAGUCGGGUUCUAUAUUGUAUUAUAGUUAUUAUUCCAAGAUAAUAUAGUAUCUAGUAGAAUUAAGUCUAAAAACAACUGGACUUUUCUGACAUAUCCCAAGAUAAUGUGAGAGGAACAAUCUAAAUAUCUAGAAGGUAAUGCAUUAGGCACUGUACAAUAUCCAGGCGUUGGCUCACCCUGUGUAUAUACUGUAACAUGUACUAGCAUUAAAGCCAUAUUUUUCUACA